CCCACACCCUUCUUUUGGCAGAACCCCUCCCUGAAGUCGGGUCGGCGGCCCCUCCCCCCGGGCCCCGGCCUCUCCUCACAUUUAAACCGCGGCUGCCUUCGCGGCGAUCGGUGGUUGGAGCCGGCAGACCAGUGGCGAGUAUCGGCAGAGUUGUAAAUUUUACGCAAGAUGGAGAAUAUUGAAGAACAUAAAAUAGGGAAAAAACUGAAUGAAGGAAAGACCAAGGAAGUCUAUGAACUACUGGGUUGUCCAGGACAAGUGUUGAUCAAAUCCAAGGACCAGAUUACGGCUGGAAAUGCAGCCAGGAAAGACCAAAUGGUUGGCAAGGCCGCUAUCUCCACUAAAACUACCGUGUCUGUCUUCAGACUACUGCAGGACGCAGGGAUAAAAACUGCAUUUGAGAAGCAGUGUGGAGAAACGGCGUUUGUCGCAGCGAAUUGUCACAUGAUUCCGAUUGAGUGGGUCUGUAGAAGAGUUGCCACUGGCUCUUUUCUGAAAAGAAAUCCUGGUGUAAAGGAAGGAUUUAAGUUUUUUCCUCCAAAGAUGGAAAUGUUCUUUAAGGAUGAUGCCAACAAUGAUCCACAGUGGUCCAAAGAACAAGUGAUUGAAGCUCAUUUUAACUGUGGAGGGCUGCAAAUUGAGCGGUGUGAAGUAGACAUCAUGAAUCGUACCACUUUGGCUGUGUUUGAGAUAUUGGAGAAGGCCUGGGCAACUCAAGACUGUACACUUGUGGAUAUGAAAGUGGAAUUUGGAGUUUGUGCUUCUACCAAGGAGAUUUUACUUGCUGAUGUGAUUGACAACGACUCCUGGAGAUUGUGGCCUUUAGGGGAUCGAAGCCUGCAAAAGGAUAAACAGGUUUAUCGUGAUCUCAAAGAAGUAACACCUGAAGCUAUGCAAGUAGUCAAGAGAAACUUUGAAUGGGUAGCAGAAAGAGUACAGAAUCUGCUAGUGACAAAGUCUUCCAAAAGAGUGGUGGUAAUUAUGGGAUCCAGCAGUGAUCUUGGCCAUGGCCAAAAAAUAAAACAAGCAUGUGCAAAUUAUGGCAUACCUUGUGAACUGAGGAUUUCAUCAGCUCAUAAAGGUACAGAUGAGACAUUGAAAAUUAAAGCAGAAUAUGAAGGUGAUGGUGUUCAUACUGUAUUUGUGGCCGUUGCUGGCAGAAGUAAUGGUUUAGGACCGGUGCUGUCUGGAAACACUACUUGUCCUGUUAUAAACUGCCCUCCCAUAUCUGCUGAUUGGGGUGCUGAAGAUAUUUGGUCAUCACUGCGAAUGCCUAGUGGUCUUGGCUGCUCCACUGUUCUGUUUCCUGAGGCAGCUGCCCUUUUUGCUGCUCAGAUCUUUGGUCAAUUUGAUCAUUUAGUGUGGGCCAAGCUACGGGCAAACAUUUUGAAAAACUGGAUCUCCUUGAAGCAAGCUGACAAGCAGUUAAGAAACAUGUGAUCAAAAAGUUCCACCUUCUCAAAAGCUUUCAAUUAUUUAGUGAAAUGAAGUUAAUCUUGAAGUGUUAAAAUGAUGUUCUAUUUGUCUGGUUACAUUCAGGCAUUGCAUUACUGAAUGCACAUUAUGUUACAGGAUUCAGCUAUUGCUGCUAGUUGGAUGUAACUUUCGUUUUUUUAGAAAAUUAAUUUCUAAACAAUCUUUAUAAUUAAGGUACAAUACUAGUAGCAUAUUCAACUUAAAAUAAAACUUGUAUCAAGAAUUAGAAAGUAAAUGUCCUUAUGCAGUUACAAGCCCAAGGAAGACACUGAUUUAUGAGUAAGGUUGUUUGUUCAGUGAUCAUGAACUUAAUUGCAUCAUAAAAACAAAUGUUUGAAGACCAAUGUAUCUACUGGAUAAAGAGAAUGAGGUUUCUGUGACUUUUAACAAAAUCUUCUUGAAAUUGGACAUUCCAGAAAAUAGAGAGAGGGUCUGCUCUCUUCAGCUGUUGCUUUUAGGUUGUAAUACCAAAAUAUCAGUUAGUCUCCAUUCAGUAUCUAUAUGAGGGUGUUUGGUUGUAGUCUAUCUUGGUCAGUGGGAAUUUUCUCCUUUGAAUUUUAAUAGCUUGCUUGAGUGAGAUCUGUUAAGGCCAAUCCCUUUUACAUAAAUAUUCUGCCUGCUGAGUAAACAUUACAAAAAUAAAUUCGACUCGGUCUUGCCUUUAAAAUGUUUCAAUUUAACUUUCCCAAUUUUGACGAAGGUGCAAUAGUCAAUUAUUUAGUGAGUUACUUUAACAGAAGUGACCUUCUCAGUGCACUUAAGAAAAACAUUUUACUAGAACUGUUCUCUUGACAAUUUAAGCUAUAGUUACUGUUCUUAACAUCCUCAAAUAAAGUGCCUCUUCCUAGAUGUCAACAUUAGUAUUAACAAAGUUGGAAAGUCAGUAUUCUUCCUUGCAGUUUUGUUUACUUAUCACAUCCAUGCAACCACCCCCCCCCCCCGCCCCCAAACAACACCAAUUUAAGGGAUUGUGUGCUAAUGUGUAGUAGCACCUGAACUGGCCCCCAACAGGAUAAAUUUGAGCAUGUAAUCACUACUGAAGUUGCUGGGUAUAUUCUGAUAUCAGUCUAGAUUUGUUCAGGGGUAUGUAUCUGUAAUCAUUAUGGAAGAUACAAGUUACAUUACUGUUGUUGUCAGAUAGUUUAAUUUCACAGUUCCUGCAUUAUAUUAUCUUUUUGUUAGUAACUAUUUCUACAAGUUAUUGCUAACUUUUUUGGGGGCUACGCUGAUUUUUUUUAAACAAGUGGAUGGGAAUAGUUUGAGCUACCUUUUUAAUCAGUUGAUAAUUACAAAAGUGCUAAAUGUUUUGCAGUGGGACAAACCUGCUGAGAGGAUGGUGGCCAGUGUUGACAUUUAAAUGCAGCACAUAAUAAAACAUGAUGGAUUCAAAAAUACUCAAAGCUUCACUGUAAUUUCAAACAAAGUCUGGUGAGUAUGCCACGCCACUACACUACACCACUGGCUGGCUUAUUGCCUUUAUACAGCCUUGAUGUUCUAACUUCAUCCACAUGAGUGUGUUUCCCUAAUAUUUUUCAAAUUGCUGAUUUUUUUCUACAAUUUUUUAUCAUUUGAUAACCAGAUUACCAGAAUAUUUGAGGUUUGUAAUCUACCAAAUGUCCUGUCCCAAACACCUAUCUGCUUGUCCUGUCUUCUGGGUAGCUCACAGUAGGAUGAUUACAAUGGGAUUGACCAAGGGGGGCAGUAAUGCUGUCUCAGCUAUGCUUUGAACUGAAACUGGUUAGCUGUUGAUUACAUGACCUUCCUUCACUAUGCCUUUUUUUUUGUUCUGUGCUUUCCAAUAUCUCUUGCUAGACAAUAUAUUUCUCUCCCACAGCCUGAUGGUAUAUUUUGACAUCAUUGGUUACUGCACUGCAAUCUUCUGUAAUCUCCAAUUUCUACUUUUUCCUACAACUUACCAGAAAAGACCAAUGCAACUGUGACAUUUCAAAUAACAUAACUAAUGGUGUUCAUGCCAAUAUUCCAGAAGCAUUUGCAGAUAAACACAGAUUUGAGGAGUCUUUGUUCUAAGAUAGUAUUUUGGAGGCAGUACAAACAUUCUGGUGCCCUAAUUUUCCAACUUCCCUACUGUCAAACAGCUGUUCUAACACCCAGAGCUCAGAGCCUAUUCAGUCUUUUUGAAAGCUUGAUUCUCUUGCACAAUCGGAAGAAAUAUGUAUCAACCGGGUCCUGGAGGUGUCCCAGAUGGCAUUGCGUAGGCUCAGCCUUUUAGUCCUGAUAAUGGAUAUAAUCAAUCAUUUUGCUUGCAGGUAAUUUUCAACUAACUGAUCUUGAUCUUCAAGAACCCUAAGUCAAGUUAACGGGUUGUUCUUGAGAAAUUAGUAUUGUAUUGUGGGUAUCACCCUUCCUCCCUCUGGCUGGAGACCUUCCUAUGCGGUGAUAAGUAGAGGGUCCAACUAGAAGCUGGAGACUGAUGACUAGUGGUGUGCUGCAGCGACCAGUGUGAUCUGUGUUAUUUAUCAUUUAUAUUAAUGAUUUACAUGAUUGGCACUGAGAUGUGCAGUAGAAAAAAGCCAUAGGAAUACAGAUCCAUAAUUUCUUCAAAGUGGCUUCACAUGUAGAGAUGGUGGUUAAGUUAGCUUGUGGCAUAUUGGCCUUCAUAAAAUCAGGCCAUUGCAUACAGGAGUUGGGAUGUUAUGUUGAAGUUGCAUAAGAUGUUAAUGAGGCUGCAUUUUGGUGUAUUGGGGGCAGUUCUGGUCACUGAUCUAUAGGAAAUGGUACAGAAGAUACCUAAUAAAGUGGGCCUGAGUGUGUUAUCCCAAUUACUUAUUUUAAAGAGGCUGACAAAGGCCACAAUAAAAGCAAUUUGGACACACUACUUAGGCCCCUGUAUUCUAAUAGUGCUUUGAUUUUUGCAAGGGUCUUUCAGUAAAUCUGUGGGGCCAUGAUCUCACUGAAUUUCCAGUCACUUCCAGUUCUAAAAAACACUACCUCCUGGCAUCUCAGAGUAACUGCAGGAACUCUUCCCACUAUGCCUCCUUUACAUCUUUCAAAUGCAUGUCACUACUCUGAAAGCUCAUUAUUAAAUGACUAAUUCUGUUCCCACUUUCAAUGACUUCCCCCAUCUCCUCUUGUUCUAGUUUCAACUUUAUUGUUCUGAGUCCUGGUAGUAGAAAUAUUGUAUUGCUUGCCAUGAUCAUAGCAGUUACCUAUAUUGACUGACGGAUCGCUGGUUUUUUCCCUCUGCCCCCUCCAUUGUCAGACUUACUAUUCCUUUCCCACUGACAUUCAUUUUCAAAUAGGCUUUAAGGAAAUAGUACUGCAUUGCACAUCUGAUAGUUCUGAGCAGGCAGUUUGUAAUCAGGAUUAACACAGUGGUUCAGUCAGCUCUUUGGAGGAAAGUGAACAAUUGAUGUUUUGGCCAAGAUCCUUCACAAGAACUUUAAUCGGAGUUUCUGCCCACUGAGGUGAAAUAUCUUCUGAACCAUAAUCUUAAAUAUGCUGCAUAUGGCAGACAAAACUGUUUGAUUUGUCAGCAUAUAUACACACUAGCCAACUUCACCCACAGGUACCAAAGGUAGGCAGUUUAAAAGUUGCUUCUCUUCCUUAGGAUCGUAAAUUCCUUAACUGGUUUUGCUCUUCCCCCUUUUUUACAAAAUUCAACCCAUCUCUGCCACUUUAGGUAGUUUGUAACAUAUUCCAAGGAUUGGCUACAGAAUUUCCCUUCCAAUUAUGGUUGAAUCAAGCUUUAGAAGGCAUUGACCUGGAGGAAAUAAAAAAACUAUAAUAUAGAAAAAAGGAGUCCAUGAGACUAGACAAAGGUUCCUAUAUUUUGCCCUCAAGCUUUUAGAAUAUUGAUUUACUAUCUUUGAAAGCUAAAAUGUUAAAUAACCAUUCAAGUGAAAAUGGUAAAAAUAACAGGUUAAAAGUCUAGUUAGAUCUAUGUAAUACAUAAUUUUGACAGGAGAGAUGCCUCAAUUAAGAUUAGCUUUGUCACUUGUACAUCAAGAUCUGGUGAAAUGUAUCAUUUGUUAUCAAAUCAGAGGAAUGUGCUGGGGCAGCCCACAGGUGUUGCCAAGCUUCCAACACCAACUUCCCCUAACUCGCUAACCCCAACAGUACAUCUUUGUAACGUGGGAGAAAACCAGAGCACACCCACACGGUCAUGGGGGAAUAUACAAUGCUACAUGAUCACUGAUUGGGGUUAGAUUUUUGCUGCUGCCUGUAAUGCAAUGUGCUAACUGCUACGCUCCAUCAACAGGUUACAGAAAGGUGAAAAUCAACUAAAUUUUAGCAAAAUGAAGCUCCUUGAUAUUUUCAUAUACAUGACAUGACUAGUUUUAUAAUUUAAGAUUUUAUUCAAAAAUAUACAAGCUAACUGGAAUUUUGUAGAAAUCUUUUACAAAGGUUACAGAUGAAGUAGUCAAUGCCUGUACCAGCAAUUAAAACCUGAAAAAUUACAGAGCAAAAAUACAAACCAUCACAUGACCAAAUGUACUGUAACCAGUCAAUUGAAUUGUUUUUUUAAAACAAAAACAGCUUUGUUGUUCACUUAAACAAAUAAUUUUUAAACUACACUAAAUUUACAUAAACCCAAAUCUUAAAAGCAUCCAACCAUUGAGGUUAGUUACUUAUUAUAAUGAAAACAUUAAAUAAUAGAAUAAUAAUUGCAUAGCACAGUUACAUUCUAGUUUUUUGUAUUUGUAAAAUAGUGUAAUUAAAAGAAUCUAGAAUCCUAGUGACACAUACACAUUGUUUACACAUUGGGAUAAUAGAUCAUUGACAUCGUACUUUGUUUUCUUGCUAACUUAACCAUCUUGUGAAAGAAAUAAGGAACAAAUCCAGCCAAGGUUCAUCCUUUUUAGCAAAACAAUUGCGAUGGCAUCAAUGGAUGGUUCUCACGGUCAAGUUAACUAUAUAUGAAAGGAAGUAGUCUGACAAAUAGAGAGGCUUGCCUUUACAUUGAGUCACCACUCAAGAUUGAGAUACCAACAAGUCUUAAACAUCCAUUCAAAUCGUACUCAAUUUUUAAAUUUAUAACUAUAUUGCUGAGAGUUUAGAACAAACCCACAGUACUUAAUUAACUUCUAAAACAAUGCAAAUACAAAAAAUCUGAAUUCUCUUCCAAAAUGGUUUAUUUACAACUUUUGUUGGCUAAAAAUAAAUGAGUUUCUUCCCAUUUACAGCAUAUUUACAGUUUCUUCCUUGUUUUUGAACCACAUGA